GGUGCAAAGUAUUUCCUUCUCCGGGUUAUUGACAAGGGGUAUGCCGUACCCUUUAUUACAUUUCCUCAGAAUGCGUUUUUCGACAAUAACCUUUCAGCACUUACGCACGUUGAUUUUGUUUUGAAGGCUAUUCAAGAGCUUAUUUUGUCAGGUUCAGUUGUUCAAGUAUCUCAGUCCUCCUCAUGUUGUCAAUCCCUUGUCUGUUUCCAUACAGAGUUGCGGCAAGAAGAGGUUGAUUUUAGACCUCAGGCAUGUCAAUAAACAUAUUUGGAAAGAAAAGUUUAAGUUUGAGGAUAUUAGAGACGCUUGUGUUUAUCUUCCUUCCGAUCAUUUUAUGUUUAAAUUUGAUCUCAAAUCUGGCUACCACCAUAUUGAUAUUUUGCAGGAUCAUCAAACUUUUUUAGGGUUUUCUUGGGUUGUUAAUGGCGUAAGGAAGUUUUUUGUGUUUACAGUUCUUCCUUUUGGGCUGUCCUCAGCUCCUUAUAUUUUCACUAAGGUUGUUCGUGUUCUCGUCCGAUAUUGGAGAAGUCAUGCUGUGAGAAUAACAGUUUACCUUGAUGACGGGCUUGGUUCCGCCCGUGAUUUCGCUCGCUGCGAAGCUGCUUCAUUAUUUGUUAAGACUUCGCUUCAGCUUUCUGGUUUCCUGCCUAAUGACAGUAAAUCGAUUUGGCAACCAACUUCUUGUCUAGUCUGGUUGGGUUAUUGUAUUGAUUUAGCCGUUCAUACUAUUUCCAUUCCUUCAGUUAGGAUUCUCAGUGUCGUACAGGUUAUUGAUUCAAUUCGUUCUCAGUAUCCUUCUACUACUGCUAGAAAAUUGGCUCAGCUUGUCGGUAAGGUUAUCUCCAUGGGUUUCGUCUUUGGUAACAUUACUCGUCUUAAGACAAGAUAUUCUCAUUUUGAUAUUUUAAGAAGCCCUACAUGGGACGGAAAAAUUUCCCUGUCGGGUUCAACUCUGAAAGAAUUAUGUUUUUGGAAAGAGAACAUUACACAGUUCCAUUAUUCCCGUGUGUGUUAUUCCGAUGCGAGUUCUACAGGCUGCGCCAGUUAUAUGUUAGAUCUUCACAACACCAUUUCUCACAAGUUG